UUCAUCCAACAUCCCAGGCCCCCAAUCACCCAGUGACCUUUCACCCUGGCCCAGCUGUGCCUUUAACCAGGGGGCUGUCUCAGUCCCCAGGCAGUGAGAGGGGAUGGGGAGUGUUUCCUUAAUGAUGUUUUUAGACUCAAACAAGCAAACCAGGCCCCUUCGGCUCUCAAUCUUCCAGCCCUAAAUAGAGAUGCUGCGGUCGAGGUGGGGAAGGGGGCGGCGCAGGGCAGGAAAUGGGGAGCGGUGACGAAUAUCAGACCCGAGGAGGAGACAGAACAGGUCAGAGAGAGGCUGCAGCAUUUCUACUGCCUAGUCCUACAGACCCCUGGAGGCCUAGGAGCAGGGAGACGGGCUGGCUGGAGCAUCCAACUUGGGGGAGCAGACGGGGGCAGAUCAGAGCAGAGACAGCAGCUGGAGAUCCCCUUCUGCUGAAGUCAGAAAGGGCAGAGGGCACAGGUGGGAGCAGGGAUUGAUUGCAGAUUGUCCCCUCCUGACCCUGUCAGGGACAGAUGCAGCUGGGUUGUUUCCAUCUUGAUUGGUUCCCCACACCACCUUGAUGAUCCUGUCUCUGUGCCUCUUCCUGCCUGCGCUGAGUCCCAGCAGCCAGGAGACCUGCUCAGCUCCCGGAGCUCUCCCUGCCCCAAUCUUCUAUCUGAAACAGACAUUCCCCCGGGAGGGGGACGCCGUGCUGCUCCAGUGCUCUGUGUUCUCCCGGGCCCCAGCCACCCGCAUCAUCUUCUGCAAGGACGGGGAGGAGAUUUCGUCCCAGAGGGGCUUGGAGGAGAAGAUCACCUACAGCUAUCUCCAUGCGGUGUCCAGGGGCAGCUCUGGGAAUUACUCCUGCGGGUACGAGAUCAAGGAGAGCAACAACUGGGUGAACAGAUCCCAGCUCAGCCCUGCCAAGUACCUCAGUGUCACUGGUCAUGGGGGUGAUGAGCAGAGCAGCACGAACAGCAGCGGAGGAGGGGAGGAACCGACUCGCACAGCAACACAAGGGUCUAUUACCCUGACAACCAAAUACACAACAUCAGCCAGCUCCAGCCAGUGGGGACUCGCCGGUGGCUGCUUGGAGAGGCCAUUCACAUCGAAGUUCUUUCCUAGGGCUGGAUCUAAAGCUCCCGUUGGGAAUUACAAUCCCUGCUGUUGUGGUUCUGGCUGUGGUACUUUAUCUUCUGGGAAAGAAAGGAAAUGUGUCCACGUAUCUGAUCACAUUAUCUCACUGCCUUCCAGUUGCAUCUCUACUGAUGGACCAAAGGGAACGAGUCCAGCGCAGCACCAGCAACACUCCUGAAGAUCAUAUUGAAUAUGCCUCCGUGAAUUGGUUGGGAAGCUCCAGGCAUCCACGGCCCCAGAGAGAAGAGACACCAACAUACGCGACCAUCGCUCUGCAGCAGGACAGAUGUCAUUAAUGCUCCACUUGCUGAAAUGUAGGACUCGUCAGUGCGCAGCUGCAUCACAGAACUUCCCAAAAUCAGAGGCAACUGUAGGGACGUGCAGCAAGGACAUGGGGGACUUUCUCUGGAGUUGUGCAUUUGAUUUUUCCUUCCUAAGUGACGUACUUUGCACUUGUCUUUAUUGGAUUUCAUCUCAUUUGAUUUCAGACCAAUUUUCCAAUUUGUCAAGGUCAUUUUAAAUUCUAGUCCGGUCCUCCAAAGAGCUUGUAACCCUUCCCUGCUCAGUCUCAACUGCAGAUUUUAUAAUAUACUCUCUGCUCCAUUAUUCAAGUCACUAAUGAAAAUAUUGAAUAGUA